AUGGGUCGAUUCUCAAACGCAAUCAAGGCCGGUCAGACCGUCAUCGAACUCGGCCGCAACGCCCAAGGCCUCGCCGGCGCCGCCAACGAAUUCCGCACCGCAGACAAGGGCGAGAUGGGCCGCAACGUCGGCCGCGCCGCCUUCAGCGAGGGCGCCGACACCGGCAAGACGAUGGGCAAGACGUGGCUCAAGACGUUCGAGGUCGUGCCGCGCCUGGUGUGCCGCGGCCUGCAGUUCCUCUUCGCCCUCAUCGCCUGCGGCUUCUACGGCAACCGCGUACAAGCCGAUGAUAAGGCUGACAACGGCUUCUCCCCCGAGUGGAUUCUUGCCAUCACCGUCGCCGGCGCAGCUGCUGUCUCGUCGGUGCUUUUCGUGCUCGCGACGCCUCUCAGCGCUAUUCCCUUCAUCGGCAGCAGGGUUAAGCUGUUCAAGACAUACCGCGCCUUCGCCUGGGACUUGUUUCUUUUCAUCAUGUGGAUUGUGGUGUUUGGAAUUUUCGCGGGCAUCUUCCUCAAGAGGAGCAGUGAUGACAAGUACAAGGGUGCCAGCACCACGGCGAUGAAGACUGCGGUCUGGGUAGAUCUCGUCAAUGCCAUUCUCUGGCUCAUCUCUGGUGUUUAUGGAUGCAUCAAGACGUUCUUGGGAGACAAGGUGGACCACUUGUCAGACAAGGCUGGUAAGAAGCUGUUUGAGAAGAAGAAGCCGGCGCCGGCGAAGGACGGCUACGCUGAGAGCGCCAACCUUGGCGAACAGCACUACGCCUUUUACGAGGGAUCCGAAGUGAUUGACGGCCUCGUUCUGGGAGGCCUCCCCGCAUUCAAAAAGAUGCACCUGGACGAGCAGUACUACUGGCGCGAACGUGCGAUCACCUUCAUCAGUCGGCAAUGUCGAGAGACCAACCGUGUCGGAGUUGUCACGGGUCAUUAUUCCUUCUGUGAUGGGGGAGAGAGCCCGAAGGCAAUCUUCACCGAUGCGGACUCUCUCUGCUACACCCACAUCUUCUACCUCGACGUUCCUGCCAAGGAUGUGGCCCGCCAUUGUCUCGAGGACACCUCACGAUCUCGUUCCUCCAUGUCGGUCGACCAUAUCGAGGAAUGGAUGCUUUAUGAAACCUCAAUGCUCGAAGACCUUUGCCUGGGUCAUGGCAUAUUGUUCGGGAAAGUGUCAUCAACUCCCUCACUUCUGGACAAAGUCUCAAUCCGUCUCAACGACAUCCGCCAACACUCUGAAGCAGAGAAUCUCACCCGUGUCAUCAGUAUUGUAGACCAGAUGGUGAGCAGCAAAAAUUCCCGUGGAAAGUUGGACUCCAUGCUGGUCUUUGAUGCAGAUAAAACUCUGUGCGCCGCGGAUACAGGCAAUCUCUUCUGGCAUUUGGACUACCCUGAGUCUGCCUGCACCGAGUGUGACAUUGACACCCCGCUCGAGGAGUUGUUCAGCAGUGAAAUGGGGUAUUCAUACAAGGCCUUUCGGCAAGCCAUGCUACGGUAUGAGGAUGUCGAGUACAAGUUCGAAGUCUUGUGCGAUGGCGUUGCAUCUAGAGUAUUCAUUUACCCCGAAUUUCUUGCCUUGCUCCACGCUGCAGAGAAGAAGAGCAAUGUGGAUGUUGUCGUCGUCAGCUGCGGCAUCCGUAGAGUGUGGGAAAAGAUCUUGGCCAGAGAGGGUCUCUCGGAUGUCACUAUCAUCGGUGGAGGUCGAAUCGCGGAUGGUUACGUCGUCACUCCUAAGGUCAAAGCAGCUGUCGUCUCCCGUCUGCAGGAUCACCACAACCUCUACGUCUACGCUUUCGGAGACAGUCCGAUGGACUUGCCCAUGCUCAAAGCUGCUGACGAGGCAAUCGUUGUGGUCGGAGAGGAGCGGCUCAGGAGCAAGAGCAUGGACGAGGCGCUACUGAAGGCAAUCGCGGAGGAUGGUCUUCGAGCAAAGCAAAUGCUGAUGCCCAGAACUUCAGGGAUGCAUCUUUCCAGCAGCUUGCUCCCGGUGUUGCAGCUCGAUGCUCAACAAAUUGUCGCCGAAUUCACUAAGACUCCUCAGCAUCUUCGCAUCUUCCACGCUACUGAGAAGGCUGCAGCUAAGUUGCUCAUGACGCCAACCCGUGACGCCUCCAUCGCCGGGCCCGGCCUUCGCGCGGCCCACUACGAAGUCGGUCGCUAUCUAGCUAUCGAAUUUCUCGCGGAAAUCCUAGAAGUUGAAGAGUAUCCCAUACCUCAUGUCCAGGGCCACAUGACUGCGGGUCACAGACUGCUCGGCGAGGAAUCGACAGUGAUCAUUGCUCUGAUGCGAGGUGGUGAGCCCAUGGCUUUAGGUGUCAACGAGGUUUUCGCCAAGGCCAUGUUACUUCAUGCCAAACAGCCAGAUGACAUCCAUGAGAAGGCCAUGACAGGCAAGAAGACUGUGAUACUGGUGGACUCGGUGGUUAAUAGUGGGAAGUCGGUCAAGGAUUUCGUCCGCCAUCUUCAAGCGAUGGAUGCCACCAUUCAUAUUGUUGUAGUGGCUGGCGUGGUUCAAAAGAAGGCUCUUACCAAGGUCAUGAAGCCUCUUGGUAAGACUGCUGAUCUGAGUCUGCUUGCGCUGCGGCUUUCGGAGAACAAGUUCACUGGGCAAGGAGGUACGGAUACGGGCAACCGGCUGUUCAACACUACACACAUGUUGUAA